AUGGAUCCGCGCAAGGAGCACAAGGGCAGGAAACAGCCCAUGAAGCCCAAGUCCACGACGCGGAGGGAGAAGAAGCACAAGAGCGGCAGGUUCAUCCGGAGGAAGUCGCUGCGCUCUUUUGGGAAUUUCAUGGGAAGGAUUCUUAAAACUUUGGGCACUUUGGCGCACUUCGGCAACGCGGAGCCGGCGGACGCGGAGGAGGACGACGGCGGCUUCGGGCAGAGCUCCUCGGCGGGCUUCAAAGACACGAGCCCGCCGGGGUCCAGGGACUCUGCCUCCGCCAAGAAGAGCUGCUCCGCGGCGGCAGCCUGCUCCUCCGCUCCAGGCUCCGUGAGGGAGAGGCUGUCGUCCUGCUACGGAGACAAGACCCCCGGGGUGCUGGGGCUGAAGAACCACGGCAACACCUGCUUCAUGAACGCCGUGGUCCAGUGCCUCAGCAACACGGACCUGCUGGCCGAGCACCUGGGGCUGGAGCAGUACAGGUCGGACAUGUGCCCCGGGAAGGGGAGCGGGGAGGCGCGGGCAGAGCAGCGGGGAGAGGAGCCUCCCAGCGCCCGGGGAGAGGUGACCGAGCAGCUGGCGUCGCUGGUUCGAGCGCUGUGGACGCUGGAGUACACGCCGCAGCUGUCCGUGGAGUUCAAGAGCAUAGUGGCCAAAUACAGCUCUCAGUUUCGGGGAAACUCUCAGCACGACGCCCUGGAGUUCCUCCUCUGGCUUUUGGACAGUGUUCACGAAGAUGCCAGUUCCGGCCUCAACAACAACAACAGCAGCAGCAACAGCAACAGCAGCAUCAAGGCCAAAGCCGGCGUCAAGGGACCCAGUCCAGUGGAGGAUUCUUCCAGUCCCAGUUCAGCCAGCACACAGCAGCCUCGGGGUCGACACAGUUUUGUCCAGGAACACUUCCAGGCUCAGUACAGGUCUUCUCUGACGUGCCCUCAUUGCCUUAAGCAGAGCAACACCUUCGACCCGUUUCUAUGUAUCUCCCUGCCGAUCCCCCUACGACAAACCAGGCCGAUGUGUGUGACGCUGGUUUUCAGUACCAAGGGUCAGAGGUAUCUGCGGGUGGGGCUGGCUGUACCUCUCCUUGGUAACUUGUCCUGCCUGAGAGCCAUGGUGGCAGAGGAGGGUAAAAUCUCGCCAGACCAGGUCAUCCUGUCAGAGUUGUACUCCACCGGUUUCCAGCGCUCCUUCUCAGAUGACGACGACCUGACGUCAAUCGCAGACAGCGACGUGGUCUACGCCUUCCAGGCUCCUCCCCUCUACGGUCGUGGAGGCGCUGCACCGCACUCAGGGUUUCACCACAGCCUCCCCUCCUCUCCCUACUCCUCCUCGGCUGGACCUGAUGGCCAGAAGUUACCAGCGUCUGGAACCCUCUCCUCCGAGUACCUGAACCAGGGCUGCUCCACCAAGCUCCUCCUCAUCAUCUGUAACACAGCAGGCUCCGGCCAGCAAGCUGUCAGGUUCGGACCUCCAUUUCUCAUGCGCGAGGACAGGAGCAUCUCCUGGGACCAGCUGCAGCAGAGCAUCCUCAGCAAGCUCUAUUAUCUGAUGCUGAAUGGAUCUCAGGCUCAGAAGGUUGGGGUGCUGUUCAAGAUCCGAGUGGCGGGAGGAUUGACAUCCUGCAGCUACCUGUCUCCACAGGAUAGCCGGCCACUCUACAACCCUGCUGUUGACAGAGUGCUGAAGAUGUGUGGCACCGGGGGGCCUCCUCACGUGAAGCUCGUCAUAGAGUGGGAGCACAAGACUAAAGAAUGUCUGUUUGGCACCAUCCAGGAGGAGGUGGUGAAGGAUGCAGAGAGUGUGAGGAACCAGCAGCAGCAACACCUGCAGCAGCACAGCUGUACCUUAGACGAGUGCAUCCAGCUGUACACCAAGGAAGAGCAGCUUGCCCCUGACGACGCCUGGAAGUGUCCCCACUGUAAAAAGUUUCAGCAGGGCAUGGUGAAGAUGAGCCUGUGGACUCUCCCUGACAUCCUGAUCCUCCACCUCAAGCGUUUCCGACAGGUGGGUGAGCGUAGGAAUAAGUUGUCGACCUUGGUGCGUUUCCCCCUGACUGGACUGGACAUGGCCCCCCACCUUGUGAAGAGGAGUCAGAGUAUGCGGAACCUGGACCUGGGGCCGUGGCCCCCAGCCUGGAAGCAGCCGUCAGGACAACACCCCGACAUGACCCUCCCACUUGACUAUCAGUACGACCUCUACGCCGUAUGUAACCAUCACGGAGGAAUGCAUGGAGGACAUUAUACAGCUUACUGUAGAAAUUCAGUGGAUGCCCAGUGGUACAGUUAUGAUGACAGCAGCGUCGACCUGGUGCCAGAGGAGGAAGUAUGUACCAGAGGAGCUUACAUCCUCUUUUACCAGAGACGCAACACCAUUCCUCCGUGGUCGGCCAGCAGCUCAAUCAGAGGCUCCACAAGCUCAUCGAUGUCAGACCAUUGGCUCGUCCGCCUCACAGUGGACAGUAAGAGAGGCAGUCUGGUGUCUCGAUCGUUCACCACCUGCCCGUCUUCACAUCCCGACUCUCCAGAGUCUCCCGUCUUCCUCGACGAUGGUUGUAAAGAGGAAAAGGGAGGUUUUGAGAGAAGGCCAUUUAUCAGGGGACUUGAGGGGCGCAGCAAGAGCAUGAGAACCCCCAGCAGGACCAAGGACACUCUGAGCAAAGUACUUCCCCUUCGCUGGUCCUUUGGUUCCAAGGACAGACGAAAACCUGACCCAGUGUCUCCGCCCGAUCAAGAUCCUGCCCCUGUGGAGCUAGUGCAGUACUUGGAAUCGGGCCGGCGUCCCCGGUGCACAAAGGACCCAAUAGUAACGCUGAUGAGCGAACCGCGCAGUACAAAGGAAGCUGCUGAGGCCCAUGCUGUAGCUAAUGUCAAAUCGUCCAAUGCUGGGAGUAUGAGUUGUGUGGAUAAAGCAAGGGAUGAGCAGCAGCCAGAGUCUCCAAAGGUCCCAGAGGGCCAGAGGAGACCAUUGGACAAGACGACCAGCCUGAGACGCAGCAAGGGGAGCAAGACAAGAGAUGAGGGCACCUUGAAUAUCAGCAGUAGCUCUAGCAGUAACACCCUCACCAGAAGGAAAGAUUCCAGGAAGCAGAGCUCCUCCAAAGCUUCCCAGGAUACAGAGACAACAAGGCGUUUCAGUGCUGGAGUUCAGCCUAGCUACAGCACAACCAGCCUUCACGGUGGGACCCUGAGAAGACAAAGGGGAGACAGGGCUGAACAUCCAGGUGCAUUUGAAGAAAACUCUAAGACCAAAAGAGGAGAAGUGCCCAAGAGUCAAGAGGGACUGUUCUCCUUCUUAAAAGGCAACUUUAUGAAGAAAGAUAAGGACCAGAAGACGUCCAAGGAGGAUGAGUCAGGGAGAAGAGGAGGAGACGAAGGAGGCCGAAGGACGCUGUCAAGGCUGCCAGUGUCUAACGGAGCAGCAGGAGGCAGAAGUGCUGCAGAAAGAGAAAGGUCUAAUGGCUCAGGCCAUCUGGGCGAUGAGCUGGCAAAUGGAAAAGUUGGUCGUCCGACGGUUGACAUCAAACGCUCCCAAAGUCAGUCCAACAUCCCCACCAAGGCGGAGCCAAGCAUGCACAGGACAGCGUCUUUGCAUCGCAAUGGCAUGUCCACAGCCCCGGCACCGUCCCGCAGCCUGGCAACAGACAAGCCAUCUUACGGCACGCUGCAGAGAACUCGUUACAGCACAACGUCACUGGGGCGCAAAAAGACAGUCCCCGAGUCGAGCUUCUGACAGAGCUAGUUUAAAAACAAACACACACUGAGCCUUGUACCUGAUGUACGUAUAUAGGUAUCGGAGAUCAAAGCAAUAGAGCUAAAUGCACAGUGAAAUCAUUUUUGCUCCCGCAAAGAAGCAGAGACCGAGCAGAUGAAGAGUCCGAAUGCUGGGAUAUAACGAACAGAAUGAAAUGAUGUGACGUGUCCAUCUCUUGUCAGAGGAAGUCCAUCUCUUGUCUGUUUUUUAUCACAUGAAACAAGUGCCUGAGAAACUUAUAUGCAGUUUAGACCAAUGAGUUUGUCUUUUUAGCACUGGAAGCACAAGUCCUUACCCACACACACACUCCACAUCAAAAUGCACAU